AUGGCUGCUUCUUACUCUGUCCCUUCAAUGAUAAUGGAGGAAGAAGGAAGAUUUGAAGCAGAAGUAGCAGAGGUGCAAGCAUGGUGGAAGUCAGAGAGGUUCAACCUAACCCGGAGACCAUACUCAGCAAGAGAUGUUGUGGCUUUACGAGGAAACCUUAAGCAAGGUUAUGGCUCGGAUGAGAUGGCCAAGAAGCUGUGGAGGACUCUCAAGACUCACCAAGCCAAUGGCACUGCCUCUAGGACUUUUGGUUCACUUGACCCUGUCCAAGUAGCCAUGAUGGCUAAGCACUUGGACAGCAUUUAUGUUUCUGGUUGGCAGUGCUCCUCAACGCACACCAGUACCAAUGAACCAGGUCCUGACCUUGCUGAUUACCCCUAUGACACAGUCCCUAACAAAGUAGAACAUCUGUUCUUUGCACAACAAUAUCAUGACAGGAAGCAAAGAGAGGCAAGAAUGAGUAUGAACCGCGAGGAGAGGGCUAGGACCCCAUAUGUUGAUUACUUGAAGCCAAUCAUAGCUGAUGGGGAUACUGGUUUUGGUGGCACCACAGCAACUGUUAAGCUUUGCAAGCUCUUUGUGGAGCGUGGCGCUGCCGGUGUCCAUAUUGAGGACCAGUCCUCUGUGACCAAAAAAUGUGGUCAUAUGGCUGGUAAGGUGCUUGUUGCUAUUAGUGAGCACAUUAAUAGGCUUGUAGCUGCAAGGCUGCAAUUUGAUGUUAUGGGGGUGGAGACAGUGUUGGUAGCUAGAACUGAUGCAGAAGCAGCUACUUUGAUCCAAACCAAUGUGGAUGCUAGAGAUCACCAGUUCAUUUUGGGUGUGACUAAUCCAAAUCUGAGAGGGAAAAAUUUGGCCAAUCUUUUGUCAGAAGCAAUGGCUGCUGGUAAAAUUGGAGCUGAACUUCAAGCCGUCGAGGACAAUUGGCUCGCAAUGGCACAACUCAAGACAUUCUCUGAAUGUGUUGUGGAUGCAAUCAAGAGUAUGAAUAUUGGAGAGCAUGAUAAGAGAAGGAGAUUGAACGAAUGGAUGAACCAUUCUAGCUACGACAAGUGCCUGUCCCAUGAACAAGGCCGAGAGAUUGCUGAAAGAUUGGGUCUUAACAAUAUUUUCUGGGACUGGGACUUGCCUAGGACCAGAGAAGGGUUCUAUAGGUUUAGAGGGUCCGUCGAUGCUGCCAUUGUUCGUGGCAGGGCUUUUUCACCGCAUGCUGAUCUUAUUUGGAUGGAGAGUGCAAGCCCAGAUUUGGCUGAGUGCACAAAAUUUGCAGAAGGUGUAAAAUCGGUGCACCCUGAGAUCAUGUUGGCCUAUAAUCUUUCCCCAUCUUUCAACUGGGAUGCGUCCGGUAUGAAUGAUGAACAAAUGAGGGAUUUCAUUCCUAGGAUCGCUAAGUUAGGGUAUUGCUGGCAGUUCAUAACACUGGCAGGUUUCCAUGCGGAUGCGCUGGUCACUGAUACUUUUGCAAGAGAUUAUGCUGAGAGGGGAAUGUUGGCCUAUGUAGAGAGGAUCCAGAGAGAGGAGAGGAGAAAUGGAGUUGACACUCUUGCACAUCAGAAAUGGUCUGGUGCAAAUUACUACGAUCGGUAUCUGAAGACCGUCCAGGGAGGCAUUUCUUCCACUGCUGCCAUGGGCAAAGGAGUGACUGAGGAGCAAUUCAAAGAGACAUGGUCUAGGCGAGGAGCCACAGACAUGGGUGGUGCAGGAACUGCAAUGGUUGCUAAGUCAAAGAUGUAA